AGAUAAAGCAAGAGAAGCAGAGGAUGACACCUUCACACCCAGGCUGCAGCGGUGACAAACUCACUUUUUGCUAAAUAGCUCUUUUGAAAAAAAUUAAAUAAUAUUAACCAUUAAAAAAAGAAUAUCUCUAUGGCGGCACGGGAAAUCUGAUAUUGGACGCUUGAAGAGACGUUUCAUAUUUCAAGAGAAAAGAUGGGAUGCAGCUGCAGUUCGGACUAUUCAGACGCAGAGUGGAUUGAGAACCUGGAUGAAAUCUGUGAACAAUGCAACUGUCCCAUACCUCCCCAGUCAAGCAAUCCAUACACAGACCAUCUGCUUCCAUACCCAUCGCAGCAUUCACCUCCUACAUCUCCUUUACCAGACAACCUUGUGGUGGCCAUAUACAGUUAUCAACCCAACCAUGAUGGGGACCUGGGCUUUGAGAAGGGAGACAAACUCAAGAUCAUCAACAAGGACGAUCCAGAGUGGUAUUUGGCCGAGUCUCUCACCACGGGCCAGCAAGGCUACAUCCCCCACAACUUUGUUGCAAUGACCACAGUGGAGACUGAACCGUGGUUCUUAAAGAACAUUUCUAGAAACGAAGCCACGAGGCUCCUCCUCGCUCCUGGGAACACGCUGGGCUCCUUCUUGAUUCGAGAGAGUGAGACAACCCAAGGGUCCUUCUCCCUAUCAAUCAGGGACUUGGACCACAACACCGGUGAAGGAGUCAAGCACUACAGAAUACGCAACAUGGACAGCGGCGGCUUCUACAUCACAGCCAAGAUAUCCUUCAACUCACUGAAGGAGCUCGUUCAGCAUCACUCACGUGAAGCAGAUGGGUUGUGCACGAAGCUGAUGAAGCCGUGUCAGUCGAGCGCACCGCAGAAGCCCUGGUGGCAGGAUGAGUGGGAGAUUCCCCGCGAGUCCCUGAAGCUGGAGCGCAGGCUCGGAGCGGGACAGUUUGGAGAAGUCUGGAUGGGCGUCUACAAUAAUGACAGGAGGGUGGCUAUUAAGAACCUGAAGAUUGGCACAAUGUCGGUGGAGGCCUUCUUGGCAGAGGCCAACAUGAUGAAGAACUUGCAGCAUCCACGCCUCGUCCGCCUCUUCGCCGUUGUUACCCAGGAGCCAAUCUUUAUCGUCACGGAGUACAUGGAAAAUGGUAGCCUAGUGGAUUACCUGAAAACAACGGAGGGAGGCAAUGUGCCCAUGAACACACUCAUAGACAUGGCGGCUCAGGUAGCUGACGGCAUGGCGUUUAUAGAGGAGCAAAAUUACAUUCACCGAGAUCUGAGAGCAGCCAAUAUUCUGGUGUCUAAUGAACUCAUCUGUAAGGUUGCUGACUUUGGACUGGCAAGGCUGAUCGAAGACAAUGAAUACACCGCAAGAGAGGGUGCAAAGUUCCCCAUCAAGUGGACAGCCCCAGAGGCUAUUAACUACGGCACCUUUUCCAUAAAAUCGGAUGUGUGGUCAUUCGGGAUCCUCCUGACAGAAAUAGUGACAUAUGGACGCAUACCUUACCCUGGAAUGUCCAACCCAGAGGUAAUCCAGAACCUGGAUCGGGGCUACAGAAUGCCAAAGCCGGAAAACUGUUCAGAUGGACUUUAUAACGUCAUGGGUCUGUGCUGGAGGGAAAACCCAGAGGACAGGCCCACCUUCGAGUACCUGAGGAGCGUUCUGGAGGAUUUCUUCACUGCCACAGAGAGGCAGUACCAGGAAUAGCCCUGAUUGGGUGGCAGAAAUACAUACAGACUUACAAUAACUGUACUCAAACUAAAGGAGAAGCCAUGUGAAAAUGGAUUUUGUUUUAUUUGUUUUUGAAGAGUACUUGCCUUUAUAUUGAUAUGGUAAAAAACUGAGAUUCCAAAUAAGAUUGGUUUGUUUCUGUGCCAAACAUAUUAAAAAGUGGCUUCUUAGAUACGAUCUCAUGUGGAACUGCACCUUGGAAACUCCUGUAACAGCUGGAUCACCGCAGAGCCAAGAAGAGGAAGAAGAGUGAACCCCAUGCAGCCUGAACUGCCUGGUGCAGCUGAAUAAGUAGAGCUGCUCUGCCGGUGCUCAUCAUUAAGAUGUAAAUAGCGUCAAAGUGCUUCAUCUGUGCAGUUUGAUAAAUGUUGCUGAUAUGUUUCAUGACAUACAAAAAUGCUCAGAUGCUUUAUGUACAUUUAUUAAAUUAAAUCAUACUGCAUUCUGGA